AUGGAGAAAUUGGAGAGAGAGAACGCACUUCUUCGUCAACGCAUUGCAGAACUAGAGGCAGCCGCAGCUGCAGCAGAAGCGCCCUUGCCUGCAGCAUUGACGGAAACCGAUGUGACCAGUCCAUUUGAACGUGUCAGUUCAUUAACCAACGCAGAAAUCUUUCGUUUUGGACGUCAAUUAGUUGUUCCCGGUUUCGGCUUAGAAUCGGGUGGUUUAGGAUCCCCCGCCGCACUUUAUUUAGGUGCAGGUGGUGUAGGUCGUUUAGGUAUUGUGGAUCAUGAUACAGUGGAUACGAAUAAUUUGCAUCGUCAAGUGAUUCAUACUGAAGCACGAUGUGGUGUAAAUAAAGCCGUAUCUGCUGCCAUUGCCAUUCAAGCGAUUUAUCCCGAUGCCGAUGUUGUUCCUUAUGCUUAUACACUGGAUAGAACCAAUGCGCUCCAACUCAUCCAACAAUACGAUAUCGUACUUGAUUGUACAGACAAUAUUGCCACACGUUACUUGCUGAGUGAUGCUUGUGUUUUAGCAGGAAAACCCAUCGUAUCCGGAAGUGCACUUAGAAACGAUGGACAGCUUACGAUUUAUAAUUAUAACAAUGGACCUUGUUUUCGUUGUCUUCAUCCCGUCCCUCCUCCCGCUUCCACCGUAGGACGUUGUGUGGAUAGUGGUGUUCUUGGUGUAGCAUUGAAGGAACCUAGUUUCUUAAUUUUUAGCGCCAUGAGCAACCCCAUGUUUCGAACUAUGCGACUUCGUCAUAAAAAGAAGGAUUGUGCCAUAUGUGGAGAUACACCUACAAUGACAGAAUUGAUUGAUUAUGUCCAAUUUUGCGAUGGAUCUGCUGAUGAUAAGACAGUAGAUGAGACGAUUUUGAAGCGAGAGGAGAGAGUCGAUGUUCAUGAAUAUAAUAAGGUUGUGGAGGAAGGAGUGGAUCAUGUGCUGAUUGAUGUUCGACCUGCGAUUCAAUAUGGGAUCUGUCGUUUGCCCAAUAGUAUUCAUAUCCCGAUAGACGAACUGGAUAAAAAGAUGACACUUGUGAAGGACAUGAUGGUAGAAAAGAAUGUGGAUAGUGAACACGGUAAGAAAAAAAAAAUAGGCAGACUUUUUUUGAUAUGUAAUUUAUUAAUGGAAGGAGGGUAA